UGAAACUACCUGACGCCAGUGAGAGGUAAGCAAGCUAAUAUUGUUGGCAAGGCAGAGUGCUUGGAAACAUCACCAACAGAACAGUCGGAUAACCUUCACAUGUGACUACUUUUUGUUAUUCUAAACAUAUGAUAUAAGGUCUUGAAAUUCCUCCUUUAUGGUUGCUGUAAUCUGUGGAGUUUUUAUAUUGAUUUUAUGUUAUAUGUACAUAUAUUCAUUGUGCCAAAAAUGAAUGCAGGAUUUGAUGUACUGAAAGCACUCGUCAAAUACCGGUUAAGAUAUUAGAAUGAAUUAUGUGAUGCUGUUCAAGUUCUGAGAGUCCGUAAUUAUUGUUGAAUGCUGUAUUGAUUGUUACCAGACGUUUAUGUUUUCAUUUGGUAAACUGAAACUUUAUUUUAUAUGCCUGGUAAAGUAAUUACUUUUAAUGUGAAGAAGAUUGUUUGUUAUAAGAAUAUUGAAAAGGAAACAAGAUUUUUGCAUAUAUGUGAGUUGUAGAAUCCUGUGAUUACAGAGAAUGUAGUUGGAUUGCAAAAGAGCUGCAUUUCAGUUCAAAAAUAAUAAUAUGUGAAAUUCAAGCUUAACUUGGUCCCCUUUUGAAGUGUAUGUGGGAGUACGCUGAAAUACUUGGAAGCAGACAGUCGAUCAGGAAACUUGAAAUAUUUUGGUAUAACCUUUUGUCUUUGUAUUAAGACCCAUCCCUAUGAGUUAAACCAGACCCAGAACCUGCGAGUUUGAUUAUCAAGGUUAAAAUGGAAGCUAAGGAUCCAUUAUCAUUUUCUUCUGUCAAGCCUGAAAAUGAAAAUUGUAUGGAUAACCCAAGUUCAGUUACAGAUCAUAAUGAUGGCUCAUUGCUGUUAGGCCCAUCAGUUAAGGUCGAGGUCAAGGCUGACCCGGAAGAUUAUGAGUUUGGUGAAAUGGCAGACAGUGAGAAGGAUUCAGUGAUUAGUGACGAAGAAGAAAGCAAGAAAAUAAUUGUGGAAGUUUGUAGACCUAAAGAAGAGAAACGGUUCACUUGUACAGAGUGUGGAAGUGGCUUUGCAAAAGCACAUAACCUCAAAGUGCACAUGAGAACUCAUACUGGAGAGAAACCUUACACCUGUGCUGAAUGUCAGAGGAGCUUCACCAAACUAGAUAGUCUCAAAGCUCACAUGAGGAUUCAUACAGGAGAGAAGCCAUUCACCUGUACUGAAUGCGGAAGGAAAUUUUCACAGCCUCGUAGUCUUAGAAGGCACAUCAAAAUUCAUACAGGGGAGAAACCCUUUAUUUGUCCCAAGUGUGAUAGUAGGUUUUCAGAGUCAGAUAAACUCAAAAGACACUUAGGAACUCAUACUGAAGGUGAGAAACUAGUUUUUUGCCUUGAGUGUGGGAGAAGUUUUCCAAGCCCAGCGUCUCUCAAAAGUCACAUGAGAAUUCACGCAAAAGAAAAGUCAUGCAUUAAAUGUAAUUGCAAUUUUGAUUCUUCCAAGAGCCUCAAAGAGCACAUGAAAACUCACGAAAGAGAGAGACUGUUCCUUUGCAACGAAUGUGGGAAAAGUUUUUACGAACCAAGUGUUCUGAGAAUGCACAUGCGUUCUCAUACUGGGGAAAGGCCAUAUGCUUGCAAACUGUGUGGCAGUUCUUUUGCUCAAUCAAGUGUUCUUAAAAGGCACUUGAGAAUUCACACUGGAGAAAGGCCCUAUGUUUGCACAGAAUGUCCUAGUCAGUUUUCUCAUUCAAGUCAUCUCAAAACACACAUGAGGACUCAUACAGGAGAAAAGCCGUUUGCUUGCACUGUAUGUCAGAGGUGCUUUACACACUCCGGCGUCGCUCAAAGCACAUAUGAGAACUCAUACAGGAGAGAAACCAUACACUUGUAAUGAAUGUCAGCGUAGUUUUUCUCUCCUAGAUAGUUUGAAAACACACAUGAGGACACAUACAGGAGAGAAGCCAUUUGCUUGCACAGAAUGUCCAAGUACUUUUGCCCAAUUAGGUGGUCUGAGAGUGCAUAUGAAAAUUCAUACUGGAGAAAAGCCAUUUUCUUGCAAUGAAUGUCAAAGUAGUUUUUUACAGUCAAGUCAUCUGAGAAGGCAUAUGAGAAUUCAUACGGGAGAGAAGCCUUACUCUUGCAGUGAAUGUCAUAUGAGUUUUUCUCAGUCACAUGGUCUUAAAGCUCACUUGAGAAUGCAUACAUAAGGGACUGCAGAAUAUUUAUUGUUUUGAUCCAAGUUGUGAAUAAGUUUCACCCAUAGAUUUUUUGCAAAAAAAACUACGGUAAUUUUUUAAAAUGGUUCCAAACAGUUAUAUGUACUUUUUACAGUAAGCAUUAGAAAUAAGGUUACUGAAAUUAACUUUGUCAUUAGAAAACACUUCCGAUUACCAGUCAGACUUCUGUAGAUUGUGUC